AUGGGCUCCGUGUCCAACCAGCAGUUUGCAGGUGGCUGCGCCAAGGCGCCGGAGGAGGCGCGGGAGGACGCGGCGCGGCCGGCGGAGGAGCCGCAGCUGCUUCACGGCGCCGGCGUCUGCAAGUGGUUCAACGUGCGCAUGGGCUUCGGCUUCCUGUCCAUGACCGCCCGCGCGGGGGUCGCGCUCGACCCGCCCGUGGACGUCUUUGUGCACCAGAGUAAACUGCACAUGGAGGGCUUCCGGAGCCUGAAGGAGGGCGAGGCGGUGGAGUUCACCUUUAAAAAGUCGGCCAAGGGCCUGGAAUCCAUCCGAGUCACCGGCCCCGGUGGGGUGUUCUGUAUUGGGAGUGAGAGGCGGCCCAAAGGGAAGAACAUGCAGAAGCGCAGAUCGAAAGGAGACAGGUGCUACAACUGUGGAGGUCUAGACCAUCAUGCCAAGGAGUGCAAGCUCCCGCCCCAGCCCAAGAAGUGCCAUUUCUGCCAAAGCAUCAGCCAUAUGGUGGCCUCCUGUCCACUGAAGGCCCAGCAGGCCCCCAGCUCACAGGGAAAGCCAGCCUACUUCCAGGAUGAAGAAGAAGAGAUCCAUAGCCCGGCCCUGCUCCCAGAAUCCCAGAAUUGAGUCCGAGUGGGUGCCGGGGGCUAUGCCUUUGUGAUCAGAAAGGUUCAAGGAGCAGGCAUCAAUCGGCAGA